AUGGAUCCCAAUAAUCAUUUUAACACUCAAAAUUCUGCUAAUUUUCCAUUUAACCAAAAUCCCAACAAUUUUCAAAAUCCCAACAAUUAUCAAAAUCCCAACUAUUAUCAAAAUCCAAAUCAAUUUUCCAACCAACAUCCUCAAAACAUACCUAGUUUUGGUUUUCCACCAAAUUUCAACCAGUCAUCCUCUGUUCCAAACUUUCAACCAUAUUAUGGAUCUAUGCCGAGAAAUCCAUCUCAAACACCCCCGUUUAAUGGUUAUGUGACAAUGGCGAAUGCAAAUUUUCCAAGUGGUGGUGUACCUGAAUUUCCCGAGUUUUCAACACAACUAACUAUUGGUGGCAUGAUAGUUUCUAAUGAAGUCGCUCCAAAUUCAGAGGAUUCAACUCCUAAGAGCAGGAAAACUCAGCAACCAGCAUGGAACACUGAACAAAAUUUGGUGCUAAUUAGUGGGUGGAUUAAAUUUGGAACAAGCAGUGUUGUCGGAAGAAACCAGAAAGGUGAAACAUAUUGGGGUAAAACUGCUGAGUAUUGUAAUGAGCAUUGCUCAUUCGAUCCUCCGCGUGAUGGACCUGCAUGCCGAAACCGUUUUAAUUAUAUGAACAAAGUGUUGGGUAAAUGGAUUGGCGCUUAUGAUGGCGCUAAGCGUAUGCAAGGAAGUGGUUGGUCGGAGAAUGAUGUUUUGGCAAAAGCGCAGGAAUUAUAUGCAUGUGGGAAGAAUGUUAGAUUCACUUUAAUGGAAGAAUGGCACGCUCUCCGUGAUCAACCACAUUAUGUUAGUCAAGUAGGAGUAAAUAUUGGCUCAGGAAGUAGUGGAUCUAAGAGAUCUCGCGAGAUUGCAUCUCAUGACCUAUGGAUCUGGCAUGGAAAGGUUCCAAGUGUGAAUUUCUUUGUGAAUCAACGUCCAUAUAAUAUGGCAUACUAUCUAGCUGAUGGUAUCUACCCUUCUUAUCCAACUUUCGUCAAAUCGAUUAGACUUCCUCAAAGUGAACCCGAUAAAUUAUUUGCAAAAUUUCAGGAGGGUUACAGGAAGGACAUCGAACGUGCAUUUGGAAUGCUCCAAGCUCGAUUUAAAAUCAUCCGUGAACCAGCUCGCUUGUGGGACAUAGCUGAUUUGGGUAUCAUCAUGAGGUCAUGCAUCAUAUUACAUAAUAUGAUUGUUGAGGAUGAACGAGAUUCAUAUUCUCAACGUUGGACCGAUUUUGAGCAAUCUGGGGAAAGUGGAUCUACUGCACCACAACCAUACUCGACCGAGGUGUUACCCGCUUUUGCAAAUCAUGUGCGUGCUAGAUCAGAGUUCCGUGAUCCAAAUGUUCAUCAAGAAUUGCAAGCCGAUCUAGUGAAGCACAUAUGGACAAAGUUUGGAAUGUUCCGUGAUUGA